AUGUACCUCCGCAGGGCGGUCUCCAAGACCCUGGCGUUGCCUCUGAGGGCGCCCCCCAGCCCGGCGCCGCUCGGGAAGGACGCAUCUCUUCGCCGGAUGUCAUCUAACAAAUUCCCUGGAUCAUCUGGAUCAAAUAUGAUUUAUUAUCUACUUGUAGGUGUCACAGUCAGUGCUGGUGGAUAUUAUACUUACAAGACAGUAACAUCAGAUCAAGCCAAGCACACGGAACAUAUAACAAAUAUGAAAGAAAAAACAAAAGCAGAGUUACAUCCACUUCAAGGUGAAAAAGAACAUAUUGCAGAAGCUGAGAAAGCAAGUCCAGAAGCUCCUGAAGUAUCUGUAGUGGAAGCUGAGGUGGUAGCUGCUGAAGAAAUUCCAGAUGCUACAGUUGCAGCCCUAACAGAGGCUUCAGCCUGUCCAGGUGGUGUGGAGGCUGCUCCAGAGACAGCAGCGAUCAGUGCUGGAACGACCCCAGAGGUUCCAGAGGCCGCGAUGGGUGACACCACAGAAGUCAGUGCUGGAACGACCCCAGAGGUUACAGAUCCAACUCUGGGUGAAGCUGUUGCCAUCGAUAAUGACAAAGGUACAACAGAGAACAAAAGCUCUGAAGAAUGUGCUGAACUAGAAGAAGAAAAUUCUCCAACUGAGUCACAACCCUCUGCUGAGGAUGGUUUACUGGCAGAAGCCAGUGUUGAUGCUGAGGCUGUCUCGGCUCAAGGCUAA